AAAAAUUUCAAUUGUCAAUUUUUAGUAUUAUUCUUAUUUAUUUAAUUAUUAUUAAUUUACGUCUUUUGGCGUUCCAGAAUUCACACCACCAACCAAACAAGCCAAGCUUUUUCCCACAAAAUUUCCGUCACGUUUUUGUCACCUGCCCUUCUUCCUCUUCUCCCUCUAACUCCUAAUUAUUCAACGGAAAAUUUCCUUUUUUAUUAUUUUUUUCUCUCUGAAAGCCCUAAACUUGAAAUUUGAAUCCCUAAAUUGUCGGAAUUAUCUUUCUAUUCCCUAGCUCUCUGAUUUCACUUCAGCCUUUUGCAUCUUCUUUUCAUCAUGUCAAGUUUGGAGGAGCCACUUGGUUUUGACAAGGUGCCAAGCAUGAGUACUAUUGAUAGGAUCCAGAGGUUCUCAUCUGGUGCUUGCCGGCCGAGAGAGGAUAACAUGGGCUUCGGCAACUGCUGGAUUGAAGGAAGAAGUUGUAGCACAUCCAAUAGUUGCAGUGAUGAUUAUGAAGGACGUGAAACUGAGAUAUUUCCAUGGGUAAGGCAUACGAGAGACUUCUCUCAGGGUGACACUUUAAACAGAAGGACUUCCAGCCUGGGGAGGAAUCAAGUCACUGGAACUGGGUGCUCUUCAUGGUAUUCUUCAGACCAUCAAUAUAAACCCAAGUCCAAUGACAGAGACAAACAGGACGUAACAAAUAAGUUUUUGAAAAGUAUGCCAAAGUUUGUGAAGAUAGUUGAAGUUGGUCCAAGGGAUGGACUGCAAAAUGAGAAGAAUAUUGUGCCUACGGCUGUAAAGAUUGAAUUGAUUCACAGGCUAGUCUCCUGUGGAUUGCCUGUUGUCGAAGCCACAAGUUUUGUAUCACCAAAAUGGGUUCCUCAGCUGGCAGAUGCAAAGGAUGUAAUGGGAGCAGUUCAGAAUCUGGAGGGUGCCAGAUUGCCUGUUUUGACACCCAACUUGAAAGGUUUUGAAGCUGCUGUUGCAGCUGGUGCAAAGGAAGUAGCAGUUUUUGCGUCUGCUUCUGAGUCAUUUUCAAAGUCAAACAUUAAUUGCAGCAUUGAAGAAAGUCUUGCUCGUUAUCGCGCUGUUACUCAUGCUGCGAAAGAACUCUCAAUUCCUGUCCGAGGGUACAUAUCAUGUGUUGUUGGAUGUCCCGUGGAAGGAGCAAUCGCACCAUCCAAAGUCGCAUAUGUGGCAAAAGAACUCUAUGACAUGGGUUGCUUUGAAAUUUCUCUUGCUGACACAAUUGGGGUUGGAACACCUGGGACUGUUGUUCCCAUGCUUGAGGCUGUAAUGGCUGUUGUUCCUGUUGAGAAGCUGGCGGUCCACUUCCACGACACUUACGGACAAUCUCUUCCAAAUAUUUUAGUAUCCCUCCAAAUGGGGAUCAGCACGAUUGAUUCCUCAAUCGCGGGCUUAGGGGGUUGUCCAUACGCGAAAGGAGCUUCAGGGAAUGUUGCCACUGAGGAUGUUGUGUACAUGCUUAAUGGACUUGGAGUGAAGACUAAUGUGGAUCUGACAAAGCUCUUGAAGGCAGGGGAUUUCAUCAGCAAGCAGCUGGGUCGCCCUUCUGGUUCCAAGAGUGCUAUCGCCUUGAGCCGACUCACUGCUGAUGCCUCUAAGAUAUGACAAGUUUAAGAGGUAGAUUGUAAUACUAUACGGAUUACAAAGAAAAUAAAAGGAUCUCUCAGUUUUCGUGUCCACCACAGCCCAAUUAUAGGAAUAAAUAAAAAUCCCAUUACCAUUCAUCCAGUAAUUAUAUUUGUUGGGGAACAAACAGUCCCUUAAAUGUGUUCUGUAAUAUGUCUUCCCGAUAUUAAGCAAAAGCAGCUCGUUUACUUUUAUUAUAAAGCGUACCAUGUGAAGUUUCGAAGGUCAAUUGGCACACACAUAUAAUUAAAUAUAUACUACAAGUAACU